CACAGUGGCAGCACUGAGCACAUGUCUGUGGUUAAUGUCAGAUGACGUAAAGUGAAAGAGUUAUCUAAUCCGCAGGGAGACAGAACAUCUACAAUCACUUUGUCACUUCAGUCAGUGAGGGGCAACAACCGUGAGUCAGCAGGAAACACUGGCUCUGUCGGCUCAGUUGGAUUGACCGGAUGUAGUUGUUUUGAAAUAGUCAGCUCUCUCUCUCUCGCUCUCUCUCUCUCUGUGUCUCUCUCUCUCUCUCUCUCUCUCUCUCACUCUGUGUCUCUCACACUCGCUUCAGCUGUGGUCGUGUCUCUUCUCCUCGCGCGGCGCCUUUGUUUUUGUUUUUGUUUGUUUGUGUGACCAUGGCUGUAAACAAAACGCAUGUCAGUAUCGCGUACGCUUCGUUCGGUACGAUCAUGGGCUGUUCUGCUUUUCUGGUGUGGAACAUUGUGUUCAAGCAGCCGUGGACUGCAGCCAUGGGAGGACUGUCAGGUGUGCUGGCACUCUGGACCCUCAUCACUCACAUCAUGUACCUGCAGGACUACUGGAGGACCUGGCUGAAGGGCCUCAAGUUCUUCUUCUACAUCGGGGUCUUCUUCUCUCUGCUCGCAGUCGUAGCCUUCGUCACCUUCCUGUCUGUUGCCAUCAGAAACAAAGAGACCCUGAGUGACCCCCACAGUCUCUACCUGUCGUGCGUGUGGAGCUUCAUGAGCCUGAAGUGGUCCUUCCUGCUCGCCUUGUGCGCUCACCGCUACCGCAAAGAGUUCGCCGACAUCAGUAUCCUCAGCGACUUCUAAUGUCAUCAACAGUUACCCACUCAGACUCUACUGUUCACUCACUGUGCUGUACCUCCAACCCCAGAGCGUCACAGCGUGGGAGAACCGACACCAGAAGAGCAAUCAGGGGGGAGUUUGAAAUGCCAUUGUGAGUGUCUCACCAGGGUCUCCCCCAAACCUGCAGGAUUUGUUGUCGACUUGGCAACUUUACAGAGAAAUCAAGCCCUGAUUUAUAUGAUCAUUGAUAAAUUUUAUUAUCUUUACAAUAUCACAUCCUCAGACAAAACAACUCCAAACUUGAACUAUCCAGUUUCCACACACGCCUCAGUUGCAGUUCAGCCAAUAGAGGGAGCCACUGUUCCAGUAAUGAAAUAACAUGUACAGUACAUGUGCUUGACAUCCCAACUUUGUAAUGUUACCUCUAUGUGUUUUCUGACGGUUUUUUCUAUACCUGUGACAGACGUGUUGCACAUCACAAGUUGCACAUACACAUGAAGAAAUGUGUGAUACAAAGCUUUAGUGUUGUACAUCCAAACUCUGCUUUAACAAAGUGUGUCAGGGUUUCGCAAAGGACAAAUCUACAACACUAAAGCAAAUGUGCUCAUGUGCAAUUCCAAAUAAGCACCACAUGGUUGGAUUCAACAUGUUUUUGAACUAUUAAUGGGCAUUUUUAAUAAGGAGAAAGAUUUUUACAUGAUUUUUAUUUUUAAAAAGUAAGAAAGUAAAAUUUCGGAAAUCCUAAUUUUGAAUAUGGCUCUCAGUUUAGUGCUUUGAUCUGCCACAGCUGUUUUAAUGUUAUUUUAUAUCGGAAAUAAUGAGAUUAUUUUGGUGUUAUUUCCUUCAGUGCCAUGUGAGAAAUGAAGCAUAACAACAAUGUAGGAGUGUGUGUGUGUUUGUACAGGAGUGUGUGUGAGAGCCAUGUUAAUAAAAAAAUGUUUUUUUAA